GGAAGGCACGAGGCAGUGAUAGUGGGAAGCAGAAUACAAGUGAUAGGCAUGUGAUAUAAGCAAUAAGGACUGAAGGGUGAACUGAUAUCUGUGUGUGAUUCAUAAAUUAUAAAUUACAAAUUUUAAUUUCCACAGGUAGAGAUAAGUCAUAAAAGAAAGCAAAAAUUCAAAACUAAGAAAAAAAUGUAAAAAGAUACUCAUGUAUACUAUACAUUGAAAUAAAGAAUUUAUUUAUUUAUUUACUAUUAUUUGAAAAUAGAAUUACCAACGAUAGUAAAUAAAUAAAACGUCUUAUAAUAUUAAUUGUGAUACAAAUUAAAAUGAUAAGAGGUUAUACAACGAUCAACGAAAAUAGUGUUGUUUACGAAUGGAAGAUUGAUAAAAUUGAUUUUUUUCUCAAUAGUAAAACCGAUUUUACUCUUAAGUCUUCCGAAUUCUCAUCAGGAUCUAUAGUCAAAGAUACAUGGCGUAUUAAAUCAAUCUUUGAUUCUACAGACCACGCACACUUUUCCUUGUGUUUAACAAGUGAUCAUCACGAAUUGAAUGUAAAAUUUUCAUUUUAUUUGUUGGAUAGUAAGAAAGAAAAAGUUUGUAUAAAAGAGCAUCACGAAUCUUUAAGUAAAGGAGAAAAAAUGUGUUAUUCGCUGAACAAAAAAAGUUUAUUGACUGGUAAAGAUACAUAUUUACCUGGUAAUACGUUGACAGUAUGUCUUGAUCUUACCGUGUAUGGCACCUCUAUUACAACUUCCACAAAAGUUUUAUUGAAUGCUCCAAAACAUCCAAUGGCUCAUGACUUUACAGAGCUUUAUAACUCUAGAAUCGGUUGCGAUGUUAUUAUAAAUGUGGGUGAUACUAAUUUUGAAGCUCAUAAAAUUAUUUUAAUGGCGCGAAGUCCUGUUCUUGCUGCAAUGUUUUCACAUGAAAUGAUUGAGAAGAAAGACAAUAAAAUAUCAAUACCAGACAUUACUCCAGAGAUAUUUGAAAAAGUCCUUGAGUACAUUUACACUGAUGAAGUAUCUGGUCUGGCUGAGAUUGCUGAUGAUUUAUUAGAAGCUGCAGACAAGUAUCAGCUACUGUCACUUAAAAAUAUUUGUCAAGAAUCGCUUCGUGAAACUCUGAAUCUUGAAAAUGCAUUUAAAUUAAUGACUUUAGCCGAUCGUCAUAGCGCUGAACCUCUGCUAGAAUCCAUCACCGAUUUCUUGGUCACAAACAUAAAAAAAAACAAUAUUGACAUUGAAGAUUUUGAAAAUUUUGAGAAACCAAAUUCUUUCUUGGCAUUAAAACUGUUGAAAAAAUAUUCAUUUUGCAAAGAAGAAGAUAAAGCUAGUAUUGCUGAUACAACUUCAGAAUAAUAAACAAAACUCAGGAACCACCGAGUAUGGAACUAAAUAAAUCCUGGUGCUAUAUCAUAAUAUCUUAUGUAAAAACUAAUUCAAUAUCUUCAAAAAUCUUAACUAAUUAUUAUAAGUCUUUUAUAUUUUUUUUUUAUUAAAAACUUUAAAGUAAUUUCGUAAAGUAAAAUAAAGUUUUUUAUA